AUGAUGGGCUCAGAGAAUGACGAUGGAUUCGAAGAAGCUCAUCUCCACGCUUCCAGGGAGGAGAUGGAGAAUCUCUUCCUCCGCGAAGAUGGCGAUCCAUUGACGAGGAGCGAUGUCAACGGCGACAAAUCCAACUCCGGAUAUCGCAGCGCCAUGUCAACUCUCUCCGACUCCCACCAUCCGCUCUCUCCGCCGCCAAUUAUCGUCACUCCGGCUGAUUCCGAUCCACUCUUUGCGCCGCCCUCCUACAGCGAUUUUCGGAGCCCUCGUUCCAAACCAAACGGCGGCGACAACAGCUCUUACAUCGAGCCUCCGUCUUACGCGGAUGUUAUCUUCAGUCCUUUCGAUGAGAACUCCGCCAGCGAGAUCAACGGCUCAGAUGAUGGCAGCCGUCAUAGUCAGUCACCAGAUUCACUCUCUAGAUCUCCGUCGUCUUCGAGCUCCGAUCACAUCAAGAUCACUGUUUCCAGCCCCCAGAAGGAGCAGGAUACCGCAAGUUCAAUGAUUUCUGGAGGAAGCACUUACAUCACCUACCAGAUAACGACGAGAACGAAUCUCCCCGCGUACGGCGGAUCAGAGUUCAGUGUGCGAAGAAGAUUCAGAGAUGUUGUCACGUUGGCAGAUAGAUUGGCCGAGUCGUAUAGAGGGUUCUGCAUCCCACCGAGACCAGACAAGAGCGUGGUGGAGAGCCAAGUGAUGCAGAAGCAAGAGUUCGUGGAGCAGAGAAGAGUUGCGUUGGAGAAAUACUUGCGCAGGCUCGCUGCACAUCCUGUGAUCAGGAACAGCGAUGAGUUGAAAGUUUUUCUUCGGGUGGAAGGGAAGUUGCCGCUGCAGACGAGCACAGAUGUGGCAUCUAGGAUGUUGGAUGGUGCUGUGAAGCUGCCGAAACAGUUGUUUGGCGAAGGCGGAGGAGCCUCUGCGGUUGAGGUGGCUCAGCCGGCUAGAGGAGGUAGAGAUCUGCUGAGAUUGUUCAAGGAGCUUAGACAGUCAGUCUCUCAAGAUUGGGGUGGAUCAAAACCAGCCGUUGUGGAAGAAGAUAAAGAAUUUUUGGAGAAGAAGGAGAAAAUGCACGAUCUUGAGCUGCAGAUCAUCAAUGCUUCACAGCAGGCUGAAACACUCGUGAAGGCACAGCAAGACAUGGGGGAGACUAUGGGGGAAAUGGGAUUAGCGUUUAUUAAGCUGACGAAAUUCGAGAACGAGGAAGCUGUAUUCAAUUCUCAAAGAGCUCGUGCCAAUGAUAUGAAGAAUUUAGCCACUGCAGCUGUAAAAGCAAGCAGAUUAUACCGAGAGCUGAAUUCUCAGACGGUCAAGCAUUUGGACACACUCCAUGAUUACCUUGGCCUGAUGAUGGCGGUUCAGGGCGCAUUUGCAGAUAGAUCUAGUGCUUUACUGACAGUGCAGACGCUUCUAUCUGAGCUUUCUUCAUUGGAAGGAAGAGCAGAGAAGCUAGAAGCUGCAUCGUCUAAGGUAUUUGGCGGUGACAAGUCAAGGAUUAGGAAGAUUGAAGAGAUAAAAGAAACCAUCAAGGGCACUGAAGAUGCCAAAAAUGUUGCCAUCAGGGAGUACGAGCGCAUCAAGGAGAAUAACUGGUCCGAGGUUGAAAGGCUGGACAGAGAAAGGCGUGCAGACUUCUUGAAUAUGAUGAAAGGGUUUGUUGUUAACCAGGUUGGAUAUGCAGAGAAGAUCGCCAAUGUGUGGGCAAAGGUUGCAGAAGAGACCAGUCAAUACGACAGAGAGAUCUCUUAA